GGAGGCAGCGGCUGUGGAGGCGGCGGCGGCGAGGAGCUUCAGGUAGCGUCUGCCUUCUGAAGUGCUUGCAAAAACACUCGGGAUGCUGAGGCUCCGGCCAGUGCAGGGGGGCCUGCGGCUCCUAGGCGUCCGCCGCACCUCCACCGCCCCCGCCGCCUCCCCCAGCGUCCGGCGUUUGGAGUACAGGCCCAUCAAGAAAGUCAUGGUGGCCAACCGAGGUGAGAUUGCCAUCCGCGUGUUCCGGGCCUGCACGGAGCUGGGCAUCCGUACCGUGGCCGUGUACUCCGAGCAGGACACUGGCCAGAUGCACCGGCAGAAGGCAGACGAGGCCUACCUCAUCGGCCGCGGCCUGGCGCCCGUGCAGGCCUACCUGCACAUCCCGGACAUCAUCAAGGUGGCCAAGGAGAACGGGGUGGACGCCGUGCAUCCUGGCUACGGCUUCCUCUCCGAGCGAGCAGACUUCGCCCAGGCCUGCCAAGACGCCGGGGUCCGCUUCAUUGGGCCAAGCCCAGAGGUGGUCCGCAAGAUGGGGGACAAGGUGGAGGCCCGGGCCAUCGCCAUCGCCGCAGGUGUCCCCGUGGUCCCCGGGACAGACGCUCCCAUCACCUCCCUGCACGAAGCCCACGAAUUCUCCAACACCUACGGCUUUCCCAUCAUUUUCAAGGCCGCCUACGGGGGCGGGGGCCGCGGCAUGAGGGUGGUACAGAGCUACGAGGAGCUGGAGGAGAGCUACACCCGGGCCUACUCGGAGGCCCUGGCCGCCUUUGGCAACGGGGCGCUGUUUGUGGAGAAGUUCAUUGAAAAGCCACGCCACAUUGAGGUGCAGAUCCUGGGGGACCAGUAUGGGAACAUCCUGCACCUGUAUGAGAGGGACUGCUCCAUUCAGAGGCGCCACCAGAAGGUGGUGGAGAUCGCCCCGGCCGCCCACCUGGACCCCCAGCUCCGCAUGCGGCUCACCAGUGACUCUGUGAAGUUGGCCAAGCAGGUGGGCUACGAGAACGCAGGCACCGUGGAGUUCCUGGUGGACAAGCACGGCAAGCACUACUUCAUCGAGGUCAACUCGCGGCUGCAGGUGGAGCACACGGUCACAGAGGAGAUCACAGAUGUGGACCUGGUCCACGCCCAGAUCCAUGUGGCCGAAGGCAGGAGCCUGCCGGACCUGGGCCUGCGGCAGGAGAACAUUCGCAUCAACGGCUGUGCCAUCCAGUGCCGCGUCACCACUGAGGACCCUGCACGCAGCUUCCAGCCGGACACGGGCCGCAUUGAGGUGUUCCGGAGUGGGGAAGGCAUGGGGAUUCGCCUGGACAACGCCUCUGCCUUCCAAGGGGCUGUCAUCUCCCCCCACUACGACUCUCUGCUGGUCAAAGUCAUUGCCCACGGCAAGGACCACCCCACGGCCGCCACCAAGAUGAGCCGAGCCCUGGCUGAGUUCCGCGUGCGGGGUGUGAAGACCAACAUCCCCUUCCUGCAGAACGUGCUCAACAACCAGCAGUUCCUGGCGGGCACCGUGGACACCCAGUUCAUCGACGAGAACCCCGAGCUCUUCCAGCUGCGGCCGGCGCAGAACCGAGCCCAGAAGCUGCUGCACUACCUCGGACACGUCAUGGUAAAUGGCCCCACCACCCCCAUCCCUGUCAAGGCCAGCCCAAGCCCCACGGACCCUGUUGUCCCUGCAGUGCCCAUAGGCCCACCCCCUACUGGCUUCAGAGACAUCCUGCUGCAAGAGGGGCCUGAGGGCUUCGCUCGCGCCGUGAGGCGCCACCAGGGGCUGCUGCUGAUGGACACCACCUUCAGGGACGCCCACCAGUCACUGCUGGCCACGCGCGUGCGCACCCAUGAUCUGAAAAAGAUCGCCCCCUAUGUGGCCCACAACUUCAGCAACCUCUUCAGCAUGGAGAACUGGGGAGGAGCCACGUUUGAUGUUGCCAUGCGCUUCCUCUACGAGUGCCCGUGGCGGCGGCUGCAGGAGCUGCGGGAACUGAUCCCCAACAUCCCCUUCCAGAUGCUGCUGCGGGGCGCCAAUGCCGUGGGCUACACCAACUACCCCGACAACGUGGUCUUCAAGUUCUGCGAGGUGGCCAAGGAGAAUGGCAUGGAUGUCUUCCGGAUCUUCGACUCCCUCAACUACCUGCCGAACAUGCUGCUGGGCAUGGAGGCUGCGGGCAGCGCCGGGGCCGUGGUGGAGGCUGCCAUCUCGUACACGGGGGACGUGGCCGACCCCAGCCGCACCAAGUACUCGCUGCAGUACUACAUGGACCUGGCGGAGGAGCUGGUGCGAGCAGGCACCCACAUCCUGUGCAUCAAGGACAUGGCGGGGUUGCUGAAGCCGGCAGCCUGCACGCUGCUGGUCAGCUCCCUGCGAGACCGCUUCCCCGACCUGCCCCUGCACAUUCACACCCACGACACUUCCGGCGCGGGCGUGGCCGCCAUGCUGGCCUGUGCCCAGGCAGGUGCUGACGUGGUAGAUGUGGCUGCUGACUCAAUGUCUGGGAUGACCUCACAGCCCAGCAUGGGAGCCCUGGUGGCCUGUACCCGAGGGACCCCCCUGGACACAGAGGUGCCCUUGGAGCGCGUCUUUGACUACAGCGAGUACUGGGAGGGGGCCCGGGGACUGUACGCAGCCUUCGACUGCACAGCUACCAUGAAGUCCGGCAACUCUGACGUGUAUGAGAAUGAGAUCCCGGGGGGCCAGUACACCAACCUGCACUUCCAGGCCCACAGCAUGGGGCUGGGCUCCAAGUUCAAGGAGGUCAAGAAGGCCUACGUGGAAGCCAACCAGAUGCUGGGUGAUCUCAUCAAGGUGACGCCCUCCUCCAAGAUCGUGGGGGACCUGGCGCAGUUCAUGGUGCAGAAUGGGCUGAGCCGGGCUGAAGCCGAGGCCCAGGCGGAGGAGCUGUCAUUCCCACGCUCCGUGGUGGAGUUCCUGCAGGGCUACAUUGGAGUCCCCCAUGGGGGCUUCCCCGAGCCCCUGCGCUCAAAGGUGCUGAAGGACCUGCCGAGGGUUGAGGGGCGCCCCGGAGCCUCCCUCCCACCGCUGGACCUGCAGGCACUGGAGAAGGAACUGGUGGAGCGGCACGGGGAGGAGGUGACGCCCGAGGAUGUGCUGUCCGCUGCCAUGUACCCUGAUGUCUUCGCCCAGUUCAAGGACUUCACCGCCACCUUUGGCCCCCUGGACAGCCUCAACACGCGCCUCUUCCUGCAGGGACCCAAGAUUGCAGAGGAGUUUGAGGUGGAGCUGGAGCGGGGCAAGACGCUGCACAUCAAGGCCCUGGCCGUGAGCGACCUGAACCGGGCCGGGCAGAGGCAGGUGUUCUUCGAGCUCAACGGGCAGCUGCGCUCCAUCCUGGUCAAGGACACACAGGCCAUGAAGGAGAUGCACUUCCACCCCAAAGCCCUCAAGGACGUGAAGGGGCAGAUCGGGGCGCCCAUGCCGGGGAAGGUGAUUGACAUCAAGGUGGCCGCUGGGGCACGGGUGGCCAAGGGCCAGCCCCUUUGCGUGCUCAGUGCCAUGAAGAUGGAGACUGUGGUGACCUCACCCGUGGAGGGCACCGUGCGCAAGGUGCACGUGACCAAGGACAUGACGCUGGAAGGUGACGACCUCAUCCUGGAGAUCGAGUGAGCUCGCCCAGCACCCGCAGCCUGGUGAUCCCAUCUUGACAGCAGCUGAGCGCCCUGGGCAGGCCCAGGCCAGCAGAAGGGCUGGCCCCGCACACUGCCCUCGUGGGACCCGAGGAGACCUGCCCGCAGGGCCCUCUCGCUGGCCGACAGCUACUCACAUCAUCUCUUGCCAAAUGAGGACCCUCCUCCUGCGGGCAAGCCUGGCAUGGGGGAGGGGUCCUAGGACACAGGUAGGGGAGGCCCCUGCCCAGGUCCCGGGACAUUUGCUCAAU